AUGGCUCAGAACCUCCAGCUCCUUCUGCUUCUUGGGACCAUAUCUGCCGUGCGGACAAAAUAUGUUUAUGUGGAGCAGAAAAAAACCUGGCUUGAAGCUUUAUCUGUUUGUGAGAGGGACUACACCACCUUGGCCCCCGUAAACAACGAACAUGACAUCGACCUUCUCCGAGAACUGGGCGUGUCGACUUCGGAAUACAUCUUGUUUGGACUUCAGAGGAACAGGGCCGACACGAGCAAGUGGAUAUGGUCUGGGGGUGGAGAGGUGACACGGUUCUUUUGGGAUGAAAACCAGCCUAAACCUUCUGAUGUUGUCAAGCCAAGCUAUGAUGAUCCACUGCCGAGAAUUAUGGAGCUAUGA